AUGAUUCUCAAGGUUGAACAGAGUGAAGCUGGAUUUGACGUCAACUCGAUCUUCUGGUUGCCGAGAAGAGAGUCGGUGAAACCUGUUCAAAUGAUUCUGUUGACGCGAUGGUGGGCCAAUCCUGUUGAUGCGGUUGUGGUAAGGCGUAGUUCACAAGAGAAAGAAAGAGACGGGUCUUGUCGCAGUGCUCGCAUGGUUGUAGAGGCUUUUUGA